CUUCAACGGAUAAAAAGAGAAGCAGAGGCUUAUCCUUAAGCGAGCUCUCUCCCAUGGCGCUCCUCCACCUCCUCACUCCUCCCCUCUCCUUAACAUCACCCCCUUCUCCUUCUCCUCCUCGUCGUCGAGCUCUAUCCCUCGCCAUUUCCGCUAAUCUCUACUUAAGAUUACAACAGAAUAACCCCGUUUUCAACCAAAGGUUCUCAAAUGGGAUCAGCAUUCCCACUCGCUUUUCUUAUGGCAAUGAGAGGUCGGUAGCUGUUCAUGCUUCUUCGGAGGCUGAUGCGGUAAAUGAAACCGAACCCGAAUCAGAGAAAUCAGAGGAAGCAGUAUCAGUCGAGAAUCUUCCUUUAGAAUCAAAACAGCAAAUGAUUCUUGAGCAAAGGUUGAAGAUGAAGCUGGCGAAGAAAUUAAGGCUUCGACGCAAGCGCCUCGUGCGGAAGCGAAGGCUCAGGAAGAAGGGCAGAUGGCCGCCUUCGAAGAUGAAGAAGUUGAAGAAUGUUUAAUCCGGAUUGGACCGAGUUGCAGGUUUGGUACUGCAUUGACGGCCCUCUUUUUUCGUCUGUGAUGUUUAUUCACCAAAAUGUUAUCUAAAAUUUUACUUCAUUUUACUUCAGAGUUGUAAGAGAUCCUUGGGAAAACCUUGUGAGAAUGUCAUUUGGUCUCAUAACUAAAUCUUCGACUGAA